AUGCCACCUAAAACCAGAGCGAAGGGGAGAAAAACCGGAGCACAGAAGAAAAAGAAAAAUCCAAGUCCUGAUGCAGAGGCUGAGGCCAAGCACAGGCUGGUGCAGCUGGAGAAGGAACUGCUUCAGGACCACUUAGCUCUACAGAGGGAUGAGACCCGCAGGGCCAAAGCUUCUGAAGACAGGCUGAAGCAGAGGUUGCAAGGGCUGGAAGCUGAACUGGAACGGGCCCAAAGCGAAGGGAAGGCCACAUAUGCAGAGAUGAGCCGCCAGCGUCGGGCCCUGCAAGAGGAGUUGAGGACCAGAAGCAAGCAGCUGGAGGAGGAAGCGAGAGGUCUUCGGGAACAGCUAGAAACAUGUCAAAGGGAGGCUAAGGCAGCCAGGGAAGAGGCGGAGCGAGCCCUCAGAGAGCAAGAUGAAACCCUGGCUCAGCUGCGUGGCCACGUGGCGAACAUGGAGGCCAAGUAUGAGGAAAUCUUGCAUCUAAAGGCUUGGUGUCCACAGGGCAGCCUGGACUGUCUCUUGGCCAAGCUGAGGGCUGUCGAGCCUCAGUGGGAUGCAGCUGUGCUGAGACUCCACACCAGGUACAAGGAGCAGCUCCGUCAAUUUGGUCUCAACCCCCUGGAUCUUUGA